AUGGCAACUGAGACAAAGCCAUCAGAAUCUGUAAGAAUGCUUUACGUUGAGCGAUUGAUCAAUACUGCUUGUACUACAUAUACCGUUAGUCUCUGUGGUUUCGCUUUUGAAUACAUAACUGCAGGUAGAGGCAAGAGUGAGACAGGGUUACAUGCCGAUUGGUGUCUGACUUGGGACGUCAAUACUAUUCUCCAAACCGCCUUCCGUAUUUUCGCAACAGUCUUAACAUAUCAAAACAUACUUGUUAAGCUUCGUUUUAACAACCCUUUCCGAGGCCCUCUUAUAACUACGCAAGGACCACUGAAUUACAUAGGCGCUGGCUUCGUGGGCUCUCAUGUAUUCCGGAAGCCAAUCAUGCCAUCAUUGCGGUUUAUCAACUUGAGGAAUCGAACCGGAGAGGAAUUGCGACGUUUGUGGCUACGCCUUCGUCACUUCCGCUUGCUGGCUGGAAAACCUACUGACAUUGUGAUGCGGUUGGUCAUCCAAAGAGAAGGAGUAUACGGUGAGAAAGAAAUAUUGCGUGGACAGCAAGGCACUUACCUGAGUACGCGAACGGGCUAUCUUUCAAUCAUCUCACUCUUUGUCUUCUACGAACACUCACUGCUUGGAUCAGCUGUUAGGGUGCGCUUGGUUAUCUACCUUCUACUAUACCUCGGCCUAGUUCACGACACAUUGCGAGAAGGAAAGGUUCAUCCACCACCUACAUCCCCACCUAAAAUGCGACUGUUACACCUCUUUUCCACCGCCAUGCUCCUCGCCGGAGUUUUGGGUGUUGCUCUCCCAGAUGCAAGGCUCAAUUCUAUCCAAGUACACCCAAAAGCAAGUCAUUCCCUUCUGAAGAUUCUAGUAAUCUCUCAAUUGACAGAACUAAGCCCGGCCGCUCUCUCACCCCCAAGCCCAGACAAGCCUUGCAAACCUAACUGCGAAUGCGUGGAGGGCUCUCAGCCUCCUCAGGGCAGGCUGUACUGUGGCUAUUGCGAUGGUAUCUGGCCGGGACCAGGAGAGACACUUCCCGGCAGUGAUAUGUUCCUAUGCAAGAAUGAUUCCUGUUGCGACUAUGGCCACGACGCGCGUUGCGAGGGGCCGAUAAACCCGGACAAGUACUGUCCGGGAGGCUUGGCUAAUAAAACUCCUUUGUUGCUGCCCGUUACACCCUCAAUAACGGAUAAUCCAAAGCCGUCCCCGACGAAAUUGACCACGCGCCGACCAACCUCAAAUUCGAAGAUGAGCACUGUUCCUACCGCUGCCAAGCGAACCCUUCGGGAAGAGAACGUCUCUACUGUGGCUACUGUGAAGCGAUUCUGCCAGAUCCUGAUCAUCCGGGUUGGCCCGAGCCGUUCUAGGGAGAAGACAUGUUUCUGUACCGUCAUAACAGAGCAUGCUGCGGUUAUGGACGCCACAAUACACGCUACAAAAGGUGGCCCCACAUGGAAUGGUGUCGGGGACAUCCGCCUCCAUGAGUAUCGACAAAAUGAAAUUGAGGAUGGUUGGCAGAGUAUUGAAGAGGGGCGAUAUAUGGCAUGGAUUAAUGGCAUGAUUAGGCCGAGUUGUCCAGCUCGCGAAGGCAAUUGCAAAGCUAAUAGAGGAUCAAGCAGAACAUUAGGCAUUUACUGGUACCCAACUACACACUCUCCCUAA